AUGGGGAAGGCCGGCCUCUCCUGGAGCUCACUGUCUACACCGCCGGCCGCCAUGAUCGAGGAGGUGAUGCGUGUGGACGGGCCCCUGGGCGGGAACGGCAACAGCACCGCAUACGACUAUGGGGAGGAGGAGUACGACAAUGAGAGCGAGCUGUGCCAGCUGCAGGAGGUGCGGAACUUCUCCCGGCAAUUCCUGCCCAGCGUGUACGCCCUGCUCUGCGUCUCGGGCCUGCUGGGCAAUGCCCUGGUGGUGCUGACCUUCGCGCUGUACAAGAAGGCCAAGUCCAUGACCGACGUGUACCUGCUGAACCUGGCCGUGGCCGACCUGCUGCUGCUGCUGACGCUGCCCUUCUGGGCCGUGCUGCAUGCGCGGGAGCGCUGGGACUUUGGCAACGCCAUGUGCAAGCUCGUUAGGGGCCUGUACACGGUCAACUUCCACUGCGGCAUGCUGCUGCUGGCCCUGGUCAGCCUGGACCGCUAUGUGGCCAUCGUGCAGGCCCCGCGCUCGCUGCGGCUGCGCUCCCAGAUGCUGGCGCACCGCAGGGCCAUCUGCCUGGCCGUGUGGCUGCUGUCCGUGGCCCUGUCCGGCUACGCCUUCGCCUUCUUCGAGAGCUACCCGCUGCAGGGCCGCGAGGUGUGCGAGCCGCGCUUCCUGGGCGUGCGGGAGCCCAUGCGCUGGAAGCUGGGCCUGUUGGGCCUGCAGCUGCUGGUGGGCUUCUUCCUCCCGCUGUGCUGCAUGAGCUUCUGCUACGCCUUCAUCCUCAGGACGCUGCUGCAGGCGCAGAACGCCCAGCGGCACAAGGCCGUGCGCGUGGUGGCCGCCGUGGUCCUCGUCUUCCUGGCUUGCCAGAUCCCCUACAACACGGUGCUGCUGGUGAAGGCCGCCCAGCUGGGCCAGGUGGGCCGCUCCUGCCGCGGCGAGAAGCUGCUGGCCUACGCGGCCACUGUGACCGAGGCGCUGGCCUUCGUGCGCUGCUGCCUGAACCCCGUGCUCUACGCCUUCGUGGGCCAGCGCUUCCGCUCCUACUUCCUGAAGCUGCUGAAGGACCUCCGGGGCGCCCGCGGGGCAGCAGCCGGCCGGGCCUGCUCCAGGCACGUCAGUGACACCAUGGACGACAACGCCUCGUCCUUCACCAUGUGA